AUGAAUGGGUCGACAGCUACCGAAAAAAUCUCUCUCGAUGCGGCCAACUAUGAUCCCAUUGACCACCUGAACCACCUCUUCGCCCAUCCUUCGACCGUCCCCUCAAUCAGUCGUGUUUCCGACACUCUCCAAACCCACAAAAAUGACCUUGCCGUCGAGAUUUCCGAGCUCGAAGUCGCCCAAGCCUACGGGUCCGAUUCCAGCCUCGAGCGCAUGCAGUCUGCCCAGGCCGAGUUAGCUCAGCUAUUCCGCAAGAUUGAAACUGUGCGAUCCCGAGCCAUUCAGACCGAGCAGAACAUUACGUCCAUGACAGCCGAUAUCAAGCGACUCGAUGGCACGAAGCGGAACCUGACCCUGAGCAUGACGGCGCUGAAGCGACUUCAGAUGCUGACGACUGCCUAUGAACAACUCCGAGGCUUGGCCAAGACGAGACAGUACAGGGAAUGCGCGAGUCUACUACAAGCUGUUCUGCAGCUUAUGAAGCACUUCAAUAGCUACAGGAGUAUCGAGCAGAUCGCCACACUGAGCAGGGGCGUCUCGGAGUUGCAGAGGGAGUUGCUAGAGCAAGUAUGCGAGGAUUUUGAGAUUGCUUUCGCCAAGGGUGAAGUAGCCCAGCGCAGAGGCACACUGGUCGAGGCUUGCCUGGUCAUGGAUGCUCUGGGAGAUAUGGCGCGAACGCGGUUGAUGAACUGGUACGUAAACACGGAGCUGCGAGAGUACCGACAGGUGUUCCGAGGCAACGACGAAGCCGGGAACCUCGACAACAUCGGCCGGAGAUAUGCUUGGUUCAAGCGCAUGCUCAAGACUCAUGAGGAAGAGCACGCUGUCAUCUUCCCCUCCCAUUGGAGAGCGAACGAGUUGCUGGCAAUGGCCUUUUGCGACGGCACGAGGGACGACUUCAAGGGUAUCCUGGAGAGAAGCAUGCGAAAGACGGACGGCCAGAAGAUUGACGUCAAUCUCCUUUUGAGUUGCCUCCAAGAAACACUCGACUUUGAGCAGAGCCUGGAGAAGCGGUUUGCAGGCGACCCGCGAGCCAGUAUCGACACCCUGAGCUCCGCUGACGACAGAGCAUCCAACUUCCAUGGCUCCAUUUCUGCCGCCUUCGAGCCUUACCUUAGCUUGUGGGUGGAGUCCCAAGACAGGCAGCUUGCCAUCAUGAUACCCAAAUACCGCACUCAGCCUCUCCUCCCCGAAGAUGAAGAGUUUUCUAGACAGGCCGUAAUGACGUCCGCCAUUGAACUUUUCCAUUUCUACAAGCUUACCUUGUCGCAAUGCGCCAAGCUAUCUACUAGUGAUAGGCUGCUGGAUCUUUCCAAAACGCUGGCAAAGUACCUGGACGAGUACGCGCAGCAAGUUCUUUUGCAUAUACUACAAAGGGCCGGUCCUCAAGGCCCUCCUAUUCAAGAUGUCAUCUUGGUCUUGAACACUGCCGACUUCUGGUCCACAAACACCACCCAGUUGGAAGAAAGCAUCAAGAAGCGCAUCGACAACGAUCUUGCCGGAAAGGUUGACUUUUCGUCCCAAGCAGACGCGUUCCUCGGUGUGGCCAGCGCUGCCGUCCUGACCUUGGUCCGCAACGUUGAGAUUGCUUGUGAGGGAGCUUGGCGCGAGAUGAGAAACACCAACUGGAGCACCAUGGAGAGCGUGGGUGAUCAGAGUUCAUAUGUUGGCGAACUACUGUCAUCCGUGAACGGCAAGGCCGAGGAGAUCCUCGCUGUUGUAGAGAAGGGACAGUACGCGAGGGCAUUCUGCGACAACCUCGUCGACCACCUCGUUACCGCCUACAUUAGCAACAUUGUUCAAUGCCGGCCUGUCUCCGAAGUUGGCGCUGAACAGAUGCUGCUCGAUAAGUAUGUCCUGACCAAGGCAUUCGAGAAUCUCUUGUCGUACCACAACAAGGAUUCCGCCCCACACACUGCGCCCGCAGGAUACGUCAAGCGGAUAAACCAGUCAAUGAACCGCGUUGAUCCCCUCCUCAAGACCCUCCAAGUCCGCCCGUCCCCGCCAGAGGGCCUGGUGCAGGCCUACCUGAUCCACAUCGGCGACCGCUCCGACACCAACUUCAAGAAGAUCCUCGAGCUAAAGGGCGUGCGCAAGGCGGACCAGGGUCACCUGGUCGAGCUCUUCUCCAUGCACCGCGAGGGCAACCUCAGCGACAAGCUCGUGCAGCAGUCCCCGCUCCUCACACCCCUCAUGGUGACGACCGGCCUCGGCAGUUCGGGUCUCGGUUCCAUCGGCACGGCGAGCACAGCGCUGACAACAGCCAGCAGCGCCAUACCCGGCCUGCAGACCAAGUUCGACGCCACGUCGCUGGGCGAGAAGCUGCUGAGCGCGACGAGGGACCUGGGACAGGGCGCGGGCGGACCGGCAACUAUGAACGAGAACCUCAAGAACUUUGGCAAGUUCUUCAGGAGGGAUAUCGGAGGGUUCGGAGCGAGGUUCGGCAAGAGGGAUGGAAGCGUCGAUGAUGCCCAGCGGUGA